UAUAUGGCUUGUCCUUUGACACUGGCAAUGGUCAUUCGGCAACUGCGGAGCUUCUUCUUUGGGUGGUUGGAGAAACGGAUGAAUCCCCAAACUACACAGGUGUCAUUGGAAGUAGGAAAAGAAGCUAAGGGGAUCUUGACGAUUAAGAAGAAGAUACAAAGGACAAGUGGAAGUGACAGACAAGAGGAGAGGGACAGGUUGAGUGAGUUCCCUGAUUGUGUUCUGCUCCAUAUACUGGAAUUUAUGAACACAACAGAUGCAGUUCGAACUUGUAUAUUGUCUAAACGAUGGAAGGACCUUUGGAAAGGUCUCACAAGUUUCUCUUUCAUGCACUUUUACUUUAGAAAUGUUGACAAUUUUAACAGAUUUGUAGAAGGAGUACUGUGUUAUCGGGAUCACUCUAUUUCCUUGCUUAAUCUUCAUUUCCGGGCCUACAGUUCAACUGCAUGCAAACUCCUGGAUAUGAUCAUUAGAUAUGCUUUGUUGUUCAAUGUUCAACAAUUAACAAUUGAAUCAGGUUUUAAUUUCAGAAACAUGCCCAAGAAUUUUGUCCCUCUCAUGUUUUCCUGUCCGACUUUGAUAACUCUUAAACUUUGCACUACGUUUCCUUUAGAACUUCCCAAAUCUCUACUUCUACCAGCAUUGAAAACCUUGCACUUGGUGAAUAUGAUUUUCACUGCAAGUGACAAUGACUGCGCUGAGCCCUUUUCAAACUGUAACUUGUUGAAUACUUUGGUACUUCAAUAUUGCAGUUUGCACAAUGAUGUAAAAGUCCUCCACAUAUCUAAUUCUAACCUUUCAAGUUUGGAAAUGGACGACACCCUUCGAUUCACCAACCCGGACUCUUUUCAACGAAAGAUUGUGCUUUCUACUCCAAAUCUUAGUUCUCUCACAAUCGGGGAUAGUUUCAGUUAUCACCAAGUCUCCUCCACGUGUAAUCUUUCAUUUCUUGAAGAAGCAAAUGUUGACACCCCUUCUAAUAUAGAUUAUUGUGACAUCAAAAGCUUGUUGCAACUGCUGAUUAAUGUAAAGAUAUUGACACUCUCUGCGCGUACCCUUAAGAUAAUACUAAAUGAUCUAUCAAAUCUUGCUACAAUGAGAACUCAACCUCCGUGCUUUGUCAGAUUGGAGUCAUUGGAAGUGAAAAUGAAUCCAUAUGCUCAAAUGUCGGUUAUGGAAGUAAACAAGGUAGUAGAGUUUUUACUUCAGAACUCUCCCCAAACCAGAGUGGCUAUCAUAAAUUGUUGAAAGUUAUAUCAUUAUUCGUGCUUAACCAUUUAGGUUAGGUGUGUUUGAAGGAAAAGGAACAUUGGGGAAGUUGAAGCUGAAGAGAAGGAUGCAGAGUGGCAGAGAUAGAACUGAGGACAAGGAAAUGAUGAGUGACAAAUGGCUUUGUUUUUCUGUUCAAACUUAUGUCUUGUACAUUGGGGAAAUAUUUCAUUAUCCUCAUACGGAAUUUCUUACGCUUUAUCAACCUCACCCAUUUCAGCAAAUUUGUAUCUUUUGUGCUGUCUCAUCUAGAGGGUUCUUUUUCCCUGCAUAAUCUUGAUUUGUGGCUUAAAAUUUGCAUUGGAUGCGAACUCUUGUUCUCAGUUUUCAGUGACAACAUACUAUAGGCUGCUAUAUAAUAAGCUUCUGGUUUAUCCUUUUAUAGACUUUUCUUUUGGGUUAUUUGGCUUUGG